AAUAUGGAAAAGUUGGGCAAAUUUCCACAACAAAAGCGUGAGAAAGGCACUAUCUCACGUUGAAAGUCCAACACUACUCCCUAACAAAGAGGCACACUUGCCUUUGUGCGUGCUUACCGCCUAAUUCAUCAUAAUAUACUUCUUCAAUUCAUUUUAGCCUAAGUUUUUAUUCAUUCAUAUCAUUUCCAAAAAUCCCAUUUCUUUUUUCUAAACAUGGCAUCAAAUAUGAAUAGCAAGAGUAAAAAAUCUCAUGUUUCAUCAAAUUCUAAUUUCAAACUUUGUAUUACUCUCUUUUUUGUUGUUAUUUUUACUAUUCCUGCCCUUUUUCUCCUCCAAAACAAUCCUUCUUCCUUGUGCUUCCCACCUUUCUCCACCACUACUACAACCAACUCGUGGGCAGGGGACUUGCGAGCCGCCACCUUUGCUUGGAACCACCUUGACUUGGCAGAGCAUGGACCUCGGCCACUUAAGAUCGCGGUCUUUUCAAGGAAGUGGCCUGUGGGAGCUGCACCAGGAGGGAUGGAACGUCAUGCAUUUACACUUCAUAGUGCCUUGGCCAACCGAGGCCAUAAGAUCCAUGUCUUUACAUCCCCUUAUGAUAAAGGGAUCAUGCCUAGCCCAACCUCAUCAACCCCGGCCUACCCGAUGAUACAUUGCCAUGAGGGCGAGCCAGGGAAGUGGCGGUAUAACAAGGCGUGGGAGCAGUUUACUGAGGAGAAUGACAGGGAGGCUUUCGACGUGGUGCACACAGAAAGCGUUGCACUCCCUCAUUGGCUAGCGCGGCAGCUAACCAACUUAGUGGUUACUUGGCAUGGCAUAGCCCUUGAAAGCUUACAAUCAAGUAUCUACCAAGACUUGGCUAGGCAACCUGGUGAACCUAUGUCCCCUGGUUUUAACCAAAGUAUUCAAGGUACUGUCCCUAAAGUACUUAAUGAAAUAAGAUUUUUCCACAAUUAUAAGCAUCAUGUUGCUAUUAGUGAUAGUUGUGGUGAGAUGCUAAGAGAUGUGUACCAAAUACCAUCUAAAAGAGUACAUGUUAUUGUCAAUGGUGUUAAUGAAGGUGACUUUAGGGAGGAAGCUAAACUAGGCCGGGAUUUUCGGUCCAAAAUUGCUAUGCCUAAGAAUGCUAGCUUAGUCAUAGGUGUAGCAGGGAGAUUAGUGAAGGACAAAGGGCAUCCCUUGGUUCAUAGGGCAUUUGCUAAGUUUGUGAAGAACCAUCCGAAUGUGUACCUUAUCGUAGCAGGGUCAGGUCCAUGGGAGAAUCGAUAUAGGGAAUUGGGACCCCAGGUACUAGUCUUGGGGUCUAUGAAGCCAUCUGAGCUAGGAGCUUUUUAUAACGCGAUUGACAUUUUUUUGAACCCAACCUUGAGACCCCAAGGCCUCGAUCUCACACUUAUGGAGGCAAUGAUGAGUGGAACCCCUGUGAUGGCUUCAAGAUUUCCGAGUAUCAAGGGGACCAUUGUGGUGGAAGAAGAGUUCGGGUUCUUGUUUGCUCCAAAUGUGGAAUCGUUGGUGGAGACAUUGGAGGAAGUGGCUGCAGAAGGUCCGAAAAGGUUAGCCCAAAGAGGAAAAGCUUGCAAGGAUUAUGCACAUACGAUGUUCACUGCACACAAAAUGGCCUUAGCAUAUGAAAGGCUUUUUCUUUGUGUUAAAAAUGAAACAUUUUGCACAUAUCCUUGAAAGUUUAAGAGUAAUUAUUUUCUUAUUUCAUUUUUGGCAUAAGUUUUCUCCCAAGUAGAGUAUACAUAAUUCAUUCAAGUACUUGUUUGACCAGAGUUAAUUAUUUUAGAAAUUAAAGAGCAGAAUUACUGUAAUGCAGAUCAGGCACUGCUAAUGGCAUUUCAGAUCUGUUGUACCAAUAUUUGAUACAGGUUAACAUUGAAAAACAGAGAAUUUUUUUUUUUUUA